AACCUAUCCGACUUCAUUUCCAUUUGCCUAGACGUCCACUGCUACGGUUACACCGCAUGGGAUCCUGUCGAAAAAGCAGUAAUCAUCGCGUUUGAGGGAACGAGCAAUAACAACCAAAUGACUGAUGAGAUACUCAGUUUCUUUUUCCACAAAGUAGCAUUUUUCGACAACGGCUAUCUAUUCAAAUAUUUCCAUGAUGCAUUUUUCUUUUUAUGGAAUGGAGGUCUCGAGCAGCAAGUAAGAACACUGAAAUAUCAAUAUCCAGAUUAUAAAGUUUAUAUUACUGGCCACUCACUUGGAGCAUCAAUCGCUUCUAUAACAGCCGCCUACCUUGUGAAAUGGAAUAUGUGGGACCCGAAGGAUGUCAAACUCAUAACUUACGGUCAGCCCAGAACUGGUGACUACGAUUUUGCUGUAUGGCAAUCGGCUACGUUCCCUUACUCCUACCGUGUCGUUCAUCACCGUGACCCCGUACCUCAUGUUCCACCGAGGCUUGGCCCUGAUAAUGUGUUCCAUCAUCGCUACGAAGUCUGGUAA